AAAAGGACAGUGAGAAACUUGGAAAAGGAAAGAAAAAAAAAAUAGUACUAUUGAAAGACCUCUUCCUCCUUCUCUUCAUCUCCUCUCAAAAACCAGCCACAAAAUUAGAUCUCAAACAUACAAAACGGUGGUAUUUGCUUGUUGAUGAGAAGGGGUUAGUAGUGAACAAUGGCAAGGGAAAAGAUAAAGAUUAAAAAGAUAGACAAUGCAACGGCGAGGCAAGUGACGUUUUCCAAACGCCGGAGAGGGUUGUUCAAGAAGGCACAAGAGCUUGCCAUUUUGUGUGAUGCUGACGUUGGGCUUAUCGUCUUCUCGGCUUCUGGGAAACUCUUUGAAUACGCCAGCUUAAGCAUGUGUGAGAUCCUUCAUAAGCAUAGUAUUCAUUUGGGUAACACGCUAAAACGAGGCAACCAAACUUUGGACUCGCUUACAGGCAACAGUCGCUAUGCAGAUUUGAAGAAAGAAUAUGAUGAUAAAAAUCGUCGGUUAAGACAAAUUAGAGGAGAAGACCUGCAGGGAUUAACUAUAGAGGAGCUAACGAAUCUUGAGAGAACAAUUGAUGGUGGAUUAACUCGUGUAAUGGAAAAAAAGGGUCGACGAAUUAUGGAACAGUUAAGUAGUCUUCAACAAAAGGAAAUGCAACUCCUGGAGAAAAAUAAGAGGCUGAAAGAAAAGAUGGAGGAGUUGCGCAUGGUUGAGAAACAAGCUUUGACUGAUCAUGGCUCAGUGAAUGGUUUCCAUGAAGAAAGCCAAUAUUCCUCUGAAUCAGUUCCACAACAUCAUGAUCUCACUGCUGAUACUUCACUUAAGCUUGGCUUAUCAUGAUUCAAGUGGAAGAUAAAGAGAAAAAACAUGGCCAUGAAUAAUGGGGAGGGAGUAACAUAUAUGCAUAUCCUUUAGAAAUAAUAUAUUAAUGUGUAUGUUAUGUACGUUUUUAAGUUGUGAUAUUGCUCAAGGGUCCUGCAAUGGUUUGCACAAAUGAAAAGUAUGUUUUAUUAGUUGAAGCCAACCUUGGGAACGUUAAUUAGCUGACAAACUGGGCAUCCCUGUUGCCUGUGGAACUGACUGUCGGAGGAUCUUUGCCCUCUUUAAUUAAUUGGCACUACCAAAAUAUUAAAUUAAUGGCUGUUGUUUUUUGUUUUUA